AUGGGGAUGCACGACGAUGGAAUUUUGGGUGGCCGGAAAUAUGUCCCGCCGAAGAUGUCAGACAUCAUACGGGGCGACUGGCAAGAAGCCAGAGGUGACAGGACUAUCCGCAUCCAGGAGGUGGAUGACUGUCUUGAAUUGGAGGAGCAGCCGGCCAGUGGAGCUGCGAUGGUGCUUUCGCGGAACCACUCGACUGCAGCGGUGCUGAUUUCAUGGACGGCUUACGCACGCGGGCGAAGCGGAGCCCGAGGUGAAGCUGUUUACGACGUUGCAUUAGAAGGUGAAAAUCGAGUCACCCUGAGGCGAGGAGACGGCGAGGCUGUGCAGUUCGUGCGGCUCCAGGAGGGGCAGCGCCUUUUCUCACCAUCGCGAUCUGCAAGGCGCGCGCGGCCAGAGUCCAAGCGCAGGGCACGGCGGUGUGCGCGGUCCUCCUCAAGCUCAGAUCGCAGACGGCACAAAGGCGAUGAAGAACAUCAAAGACUGGUACAAAAGGUCAAGUCUCUUCAAAGCAGUGCCAGAGAACUGAACGAGAGAUGGCAAAGCUAUUGCGAGCAGUAUGGCCGUGGAAUUUUCGACCCCAACAGGCACGACGUCCAUACCCUGCAGGGAUACUUGGACUUUGUCUCCAAAGAUCCAGAGCGCUCCAGAUCUCGCGACGGACUCGCAGGAGGUCGACGACACCGGGCGCGAGAUGCAGCGAGGCAGCGCCGCCGAACCAGUCAUAGGGCUCGAAGACGUGGUCGAAGGAAGCGAAGGACAGCGCGGCGAGACAAGGUCAGCCGCUCGGGAGCAACGAAUCCUUCCAGCGGUGUCCGCUCCUCCUCCAGCUCCUCUUCAGGUCGCCAAGUAGAUGCUCAACCGGAAAGGGCCGAGAGCGAGUCUCCAGAAGCCGCGGCAGAAAGCCUCGAGAUUCGCGUCGCCCGCACGGCGAAAGAGUCUGCUGAGGCGGACAAAGCAGAAGCUGAACGGGCUCUCGCCGAGGAACGGGUGGCGCUGGAAACAAACUUGCAGUACCGCGUGGCUGUCGAGCGUGACCGGCAAGCUCAGAACGCUGCAGACAUGGUAGCCGCCGCGGAGGCUGAGGCUCGCGCAGAGGAGGAAGGGCGUCUUAAGGAGGCCGUGCGUUCCGCCCGUGAGGCUCGAGAAGCUAAGGUGCUGGCAGCGCAAAAAGAUGCGGAAGAAGCCGUGGAAGAAGCUGUGCAGCAUUUCGAGAAAGCGGGCCAGGAGGAGGUGCGCUCCAAACUCGCCCCUUUCGAAAGUCGCCUUGCCGACGCGACUGAGACGGCAUCAAAGGCCGCCACAGCUUACGAAGACCUGCUCCAGGUGCCGGCCUUGAAGAAACGCAGCAGGUCGUUGGACGUAGACCAGAACAUGGUGCUCGCCGCCAAAGCAGCUGCUGCAGCCUUCAACUCAAAACAGGCUGGAGGCAAGCGCGAUGCAUCUCAGAGAGGCAGACGGAGGAAGAAGAGAAGAUGUGUUGAAUCUUCCACCGGCUCCGGUGACGGCUGA